GUAGUGAUGACGAAGAGGCAGCCAGCAACGAUAAUCAAACAUCCAGCAUUGAGUACGCUUGCACAUGGGUUUUCAGUCUCAUUGAAAGAAGCUCUCAAGAGUUCGAGUAAAGAACAGCGACUUGAAUCUGAGACGACUUGAGCUGGGCCUCCUCUACGUCAUUUUAUUUACACUUCAGAGAGCGGAGAAGAAGGGAUUAAAAUCAGUGAGCCUUGUUGUCUUUAAAAUCAGCUGGACACAUGAUGACCAUCCGUUGAGAGCGUAAAACAUCGUGGCCUUGCUUGGUGACGUGCUGCUCCCUCCUCUGUCCUUGUCCCUGUCUCCAGCCCUGCCUCCGCCCCACCCGAACCAUCACCAUGGAGAUUAAGAAAGACGCCGACACCUUGUCGACUGGCUCCAUGCGUUUGAAGCAGGAGAUCUCCUUGCUCCACGGGGUCUGCCUCAUCGUGGGCAACAUGAUCGGCUCGGGCAUCUUCGUGUCUCCCAAAGGGGUUCUCCUCUACACAGGAUCCUUCGGCCUGUCACUGGUGGUGUGGGCCAUCGGCGGGGUCUUCUCCGUGUUCGGGGCUCUGUGCUACGCCGAGCUGGGAACCACCAUCCACAAGUCUGGGGCCAGUUACGCAUAUAUCCUGGAGUCCUUUGGAGGCUUUCUGGCUUUUAUUAGGCUGUGGACGUCCCUGAUGAUCGUGGAGCCAGCCUGCCAGGCUGUCAUAGCCCUCACCUUCUCUAACUACCUGGUGCAGCCCUUCUACCCCACCUGCACAGCCCCCUACGAUGCUGUGAGACUCAUAGCAGCAGCCAUCAUCGGUCUCCUGACGUGUGUGAACUGUAUGAAGGUGAAGUGGGGGGCCAUCCUCCAGGUGGUCUCUACAGUAGCGAAGGUCCUGGCUCUCAUCGUCAUCAUCAUCGCUGGGAUGGUGAAGCUGGGACAAGGCCAUACGCAGAACUUUGAGGAUUCGUUUAAGGGUUCUAAAGUGAACCCUGGGGACAUGGCCCUGGCUCUGUACGCUGCGCUCUACUCCUACUCGGGCUGGGACACACUCAACUUCAUCACCGAGGAGAUUAAGAACCCGGAGAGGAACCUUCCGUUGGCCAUAGGGAUCUCAAUGCCCAUCGUCACGGUGAUCUACAUCCUGACUAACGUUGCCUACUACACCGUGAUGAAUGCUGAAACCGUCCUGGCCAGUGAGGCUGUGGCUGUGACGUUUGCUGAUGAGAUGCUGGGCUGGGCUCGGUGGCUGAUCCCCCUGUCAGUGGCCAUCUCUUGUUACGGAGGACUCAACUCCUCCAUCAUCGCUGCCUCCAGGCUGUUCUUCGUGGGCUCCAGGGAGGGUCAUUUACCCAACGUCCUCUGCAUGAUCCACGUCAAGCGCUACACUCCCAUCCCGGCCCUGCUCUUCAACGGCGGCAUGUCUUUGAUCUACCUGUGUGUGAAGGACGUGUUCCAGCUCAUCAACUACUUCAGCUUUAACUACUGGCUGUUCAUCGGUCUCUCCAUCGCCAGCCAGAUCUACCUCCGGGUCAAAGCUCCGGACAUGCACCGGCCCAUCAAGCUCUCCCUCUUCUUCCCCAUAGUGUACUGUCUAUGCAGUGUGUUCCUGGUGGUAGUACCUCUCUACAGUGAUACCAUCAACUCUCUGGUGGGUAUCGGCGUGGCUCUGUCUGGAGCGCCAGUCUACUAUAUCUGUAUCCACCUGCCCCCCUCCUCCAGACCUGCCUUCCUGGGCAGGAUGCUCGACACGAUCUCCCUGAACACCCAGAAGCUGUGUCUGUGCUGUGUGGUCUCACCUGACAUAGACCUGGACAACAUCCCUGAGGAGAAGCUGGAGUAAAGGAAGGAGAGACUAAGCCAUAGGUGGAACAUACAGCCCACCGCCGCCUCCACGACACAAGGCUUAUCGAUGAAGCAGUUUAUUCUUUUCUUUACCAGGACAUGACUUUUUUUUAAAUUGAUGUGAAUUGAUUUCCUAUGGGACUGCACAGUGAGUGUGUUGUAUUCAGUGCUUUGGUUGGCAUGAGGAAAGCCACGUUCUUGUGCUGGUGACCUGCCACAUGCAAAACAGCACAAUGUAGUUCACUCCUACUUGUUACACCUAUGGACACUGUCAAUUAUGGAAGUUGAACCAUUCAAAAAAAGCAAGAAAUCCAAAUGGAGAUUUCAACAGGACCUCCUACUGACCAUUUAGGACCUCCUACUGACCAUUUAGGACCUCCUACUGACCAUUUAGGACCUCCUACUGACCAAAGAUUGUUUUUGAAGUUAGUGGAGAUUGAAGUGUUUGUUGCUUUGUCUAGAUAUUGAAUGAGUUGGAUAUUAAAGUCGUGAUUUUAUUUUUUAAGUUGGGAGUGGUUAAUCGAAGAUACCUGUUCUGACCCAACUUUAGUUUCCUUCGGCCAUGUGUGUGUGCUCGCAAAUUGCUUAUCAAUGACCUGUCUUUGACAGUUUUAGGUCCGUACUCUCCUAUACAAGGGUCGCUGAAGGUUAUUCCAUCCACUUAGUGAUGGUGUCAAGUGACUUUGACAUAUGUACUGUAUGGAAACUGGCAUGGGUUUGAGCCAUUAUGGAGUUGAAGUAAUGUUUAUUGGUGAACCGACUGAAUUAGAACAAAUGGUUCCUAUUUGGUUCUUUAGUUGUCUCUACCAAGCUAAGCUAUUCUCCCUGAUAACUCGCUCAGUCCCAUGACAAUAGAUUGCUGUUGCUGUUUUGUUGCCUUUUCUAUCCUGCCGUUUGUUUUUAAGUGUUAUUUCUCACCAAUUUGUCCUUGAUGGACUGACGAUAGUCAUUUAGUUACUGUUGCCUUUAGGCCACUUUUGAUCUCACUUGGAUGCUAUCAUUCUAUGACCUCACCAGUUAUUGACAUUGUUACUGUUACCAUGGUUGUCCUAUUGAUGUCCAGAAAGUAACACGUAGGCCCAUAGAUUCUUUAGAUUCUUAGCCUAUGCCGUUAUUACGCUAAGCUAGCGCUCUAAACAAUAAAUCCCGAGCGGGUGUGGUAUAUGGCCAAUCUACCACGGUUUGGACUGUUCAUAUGCACGAUGCAAUGCGGCCAUAUACCACAAACCCCCGAGGGGCAUUAUUGCUAUUAUAAACUGGCUACCAACAUAAAAAUAAACGUUUAUUUUUAUUUUUUAUACCUGUGGCGUACAGUCUGAUGUACCACUCCUAUCAGCAUUCAGAGCUCGAACCACCCAGGUCAUAACACCUUUUAGCCUAAUCAUAAUAACACCUUUUAUCCUAUUCCAAGGGUUGGCAACUCUUAUUUUCAAAUACAAUCUCUUUAGGCUUAGUAAUGGUCAAUUUGCAGUUUAAAAAUGUAUUAUAAUUAUGUUCCCCCCCCGACCAUUCGCUCCGACAAACAUCGGAGCGAUACCCUUAGUACACAAAUCUAGUUAGCUUUCUCAGUCAGCGUUGAAGUCACCGACAGCGACAUGAUAACAGCACUCGAUAUUCAAAUUAUUAACAUUUUACUGACACAUUUUAAACCAUACGCCUUUCUGAAGAACCAAACGGACAGUUACUGAUGUAGAAAUGGGAAACUGUAUAAAGGAUAUGUCCAAUUUAUAUUUUGUAUUAAAAAAAAAAAGAAGUUUUUUACAAUUUUAGAUGGUUAUCCUAUUAAUGAAAUCUCAGCCAUAGACUUGUCAUGCAUGUCUCACUUUCCAUUGUUCUUUUGUCAUCUUGUUUUAGACCUAGAAAUUCUACAACAUACAGUUGAAGUCAGAAGUUUACAUACACCUCAGCCAAAUACAUUUAAACUACGUUCUUUCACAAUUCCUGACAUUUAAUCCUAGUAACAAUUCCCUGUCUUAGGUCAGUUAGGAUCACCACUUUUAUUUUUAGAAUGUGAAAUGUCAGAAUAAUAGCAGAGAGAAUGAUUUAUUUCAGCUUUAAUUUCUUUCAUCACAUUCCCAGUGGGUCAGGAGUUUACAUACACUCAAUUAGUAUUUGGUAGCAUUGCCUUUAAAUUGUUUAACUUGGGUCAAAUGUUUCGGGUAGCCUUCCACAAGCGUCCCAGAAUAAAUUGGGUGAGUUUUGGCCCAUUCCUCUGGACAGAGUUGGUGUAACUGAGUCAGGUUUGUAGGCCUCCUUGCUCGCACACGUUUUUUUUUUGUUGGUCAGGGCUUUGUGAUGGCCACUCCAAUACCUUGACUUUGUUGUCCUUAAGCCAUUUUGCCACAACUUUGGAAGUAUGCUGUGGGUCAUUGUCCGCUUGGAAGACACCGUUGCGACCAAGCUUUAACUUCCUGACUGAUGUCUUGAGAUGUUGCUUCAAUAUACCCACAUAAUUUUCCUCCCUCAUGAUGCCAUCUAUUUUGAAGUGCACCAGUCCCUCCUGCAGCAAAGCACCCCCACAACAUGAUGCUGCCACCCCCGUGCUUCACUGUUGGGAUGGUGUUCUUUGGCUUGCAAGCAUCCCCCUUUUUCCUCCAAACAUAAGGAUGGUCAUUAUGGCCAAACAGUUCUAUUUUUGUUUCGUCAGACUAGAGGACAUUAACCCCGAAAGUACGAUCUUUGUCACCAUGUGCAGUUGCAAACCGUAGUCUGUCCUUUUUAUGAUGGUUUUGGAACAGUGGCUUCUUCCUUGCUGAGCGGCCUUUCAGGUUAUUAUCGAUAUAGUACUCGUUCUACUGUGGAUAUAGAUACUUGUGUACCUGUUUCCUCCAGCAUCUUCACAAGGUCCCUUGCUGAUGUUUUGGGAUUGAUUUGCACUUUUCGCAGCAAAGUACAUUAAUCUCUAGGAGACAGAACGCAUCUCCUUCCUGAGCGGUAUGAUGGCUGCGUGGUCCCAUGGUGUUUAUACUUGCGUACUGUUUGUACAGAUUAACGUGGUACCUUCAGGUGUUUGGAAAUUUCUCCCAAGGAUGAACCAGACUUGUGGAAGUCUACAAAAAAAUGUUCUGAGGUCUUGGCUAAUUUCUUUUUUGUUUUUCCCAUGAUGUCAAGCGAAGAGGCACUGAGUUUGAAGGUAGGCCUUAAAAUGCAUCCACAGGUACACCUCCAAUUGACUCAAAUUAUGUCAAUUCGCCUAUCAGAAGCUUCUAAAGCCAUGACAUAAUUUUGAGGAAUUUUCCAAGCUGUUUAAAGGCACAGUCAAAUUAGUGUAUGUAAACUUCUGACCCACUGGAAUUGUGAUACAGUGAAAUAAUCUGUCUGUAAACAAUUGUUGGAAAAAUUUGUCAUGCACAACUUGCCAAAACUAUAGUUUGUUAACAAGACAUUUUUGGAGUGGUUGAAAAUAAGUUUUAAUGACUCCAGCCUAAGUGUAUGUAAAUGUCUAACUUCAACUGUACUUUUGGUAGAAUUCAAUGCCAUAUGUGCAUUCAUGCCAUUUUAAUUGAACAUUCUGUCAGCUGCGUUCUUUAAGAAUAAUGCAACAUCUUCUUUACGGUCCAAUUCUUUAAGACACUGGACCAAAUAUUACAACUACUGGUUGGGACAUAUUGGACUAAUAUGCAUUAUCUAAUGUUACAUGAACUAAUAUGAAGGUGGUUGAGGGACAGUGAAUGGCACGACAAUGGGCCUCAGGAUCUCGUCAUGGUGUCUGUGCAUUCAAAUUGCCAUUGAUAAAAUGCAAUUGUGUUCGUUGUCCGUACCUUAUGCCUGCCCAUACCUUAACCCCACCGUCACCAUGGGGCACUCUGUUCACAACGUUGACAUCAGCAAACCGCUCAUCCCCGUGACUUCAUACACGUGGUCUGCGAUGUUGAGGCCGGUUAGACGUACUGCAAAAUUCUCUAAAAUGGAGGCGGCCUAUGGUAGAAAUGAACGUUCAAUUCUCUGGCAACAGUUCUCAUGGACAUUCCUGCAGUCAGCAUACCAAUUGCACACUCCCUCAACUUGAGACUUCUGUGGCAUUGUGCUGUGACGUAACUGCACAUUUGUGUCCUUUUUAUUGUCCCCAGCACAAGGUGCACCUGUGUAACAAUCAUUCUGUUUAAUCAGCUUCUUGAUAUGCCACACCUGUCAGGUGGAUGGAUUAUCUUGGUAACGGCGAAAUGCUCACUAACAAGGAUGUAAACAAAUUUGUUCAAAAUUUGAGAGAAGGUUUUGUGCGUAUGGAGAAGUUCUCUAAUCUUUUAUUUCAGUUUGUGAAACAUGGGACCAACACUUUACAUAUUACGUUUUUAUAUUUUUCAGUGUACAGAUGUGGUCAAUGGCAUCUUGACAUUUGCUUUAAUGUAACGUUUUCUCUUAUUCCAUCCCGAGCUGUUGACAGGUUAAGAGACUUGGUGAAUCAAAUUCAUUUGUCUUACAUGAACUGAUUUGUGAAACGGAAUCAAUUCCACGGAUGUAUGGCUGCCAUUUUUAAUGUCUCUAGAGUCUUUUUGAUGUAACUUUUGAUUGUUGUUAGUGGGCAGGUAUACAGCAGUUUGGCAUUUGGGAAUUAUUCUGGCCAGGUUAGGGCAGAACAAAAAAAGUGGAUCGUUAGACCCAUCUCCCUAGCAUUAUAUGUUACUCUUGGUGACGUCACUUAUCUUCCACUGCUGGUGGGUUUGGUAACUUUAUGCCUUUUUUAAAAAAUGUUAAAAUGUAUUCACUGUAUUCAAAACUGGGGACAUUU